AUUUGUUCAGAACGAUGACCGACACAAGCUAUAAAUAUUUUGCAGCGGAAUUUGUUAUUUCAGUAUCAGCCAAGCAGUCGCAAAAAUGAAGUUCAGUUUAGUAAUAUUUCUACUACCAGCUGUAACCCUAGCUCAAGUUAAGAUUACACGGGACGAAGCAGCCUGUCGCGACCAGGAGGGUGCGUCCGAGGAGGACGUCGAAAUGCUGCAGUCGUUAAUGACUCCGGAAACGCGGAUUACCAAGUGUUACUAUAGCUGCAUGUUGCAGAAGAUUCACUAUUCCGACGGGCAGCGCUUCGACAAGGAGGGAUUUUUGCGCUCCGCUGACGAUGCAUCCAGUGAGUAUCGUGAAACUAUGCAGCGCAUUGCGGACCACUGCGAGGGGACUGAAAACGAAGAUCACUGCGAGCUUGCUGCAGAUAUUGUGGCAUGCAUCAUGCGGCGAAGCUAAGGGCACAGUUCGAUAAAUUACAUUUUUAAGAAUAUUUUU